AUAUUGAGAUGAUAUAUUGAUAAUGGUUGAACUCCCAUCUCUUCGAAUAUAAUAGUGGCUGAGCCUUCCCUUCCCCAGGUUUUGCACGACUCCCGGGGUUCCAUUGCUGUGUUGGAGGUGGUGGUGAGAGACUGCUUCCUGAGUGGUACAAAGAGAAAGGAAUAGAAUUGAUUCUUAGCACAGAGAUCGUGAAAGCAGAUCUUGCUGCUAAGACUCUUCUAAGCGCAGCUGGAGAGAUCUUCAAGUAUCAUAUUUUGAUCAUUGCGACUGGUUCAUCAGUGAUUAAGUUGACAGAUUUUGGUGUUCAAGGAGCUGAUGCCAAAUACAUCUCCUACUUGAGAGAUAUUGAUGAUGCCGAUAAGCUAAUUGAAGCCAUCAAAGCUAAAAAGAAUGGAAAAUGUGUCAUAGUCGGUGGAGGAUACAUAGGACUUGAGCUUGGUGCAGUUAUGAAAAUGAACAAUUUUGAUGUCAGCAUGGUUUAUCCUGAACCAUGGUGCAUGCCUCGUCUUUUUACCGCUGGUAUAGCUUCCUUCUACGAGGGCUAUUAUGCUAACAAAGGAAUCAAAAUUAUAAAGGGAACAGUUGCUGUUGGAUUUACUGCUGAUGCUAAUGGAGAGGUAAAAGAGGUGAAACUCAAGGAUGGCAGGGUCUUGGAAGCUGACAUUGUGGUGGUUGGUGUUGGCGGUAGGCCCCUCACUACACUUUUCAAAGGGCAAGUUGAAGAGGAUAAAGGUGGAAUUAAGACUGAUGCGUUCUUUAAAACAAGUGUGCCUGAUGUAUAUGCUGUUGGAGAUGUUGCUACUUUCCCAUUGAAGUUGUUUGGUGAAAUGAGGAGAGUUGAACAUGUCGACCAUGCUCGUAAAUCAGCUGAGCAGGCUGUAAAGGCCAUUAAGGGAGGCGAGGAUGGAAAACCAAUUGAUGAGUAUGAUUACCUUCCGUACUUCUAUUCUCGUUCUUUUGAUCUCUCAUGGCAGUUCUAUGGUGAUAAUGUUGGGGAGACGGUGCUUUUCGGAGACAACAAUCCUACAUCACCGAAGCCAAAAUUCGGAUCUUAUUGGGUCAAAGAUGGUAAGGUUGUUGGAGCUUUUCUUGAAGGUGGAAACCCAGAAGAGAACAAGGCCAUUGCCAAAAUUGCAAAGCUCCAACCUCCGGUUGAAAGUUUGGAGAAAUUGAAGGAUGAAGGGCUUACCUUUGCGUGUAAGAUGUGAAGCUUAUGCUGAGGAGAGGGUUGUUUGAUUUGAGGGCUAGCUACUGGUGUCUAUAGCGGAUCAGUUGUAUUUUAAUAAUAAUGCUGGCUUUCUGUUAAGUGUGGACAAACACGAGGGCUUUGGCUUGCAUUUGUUGUAGAAUGCGGAUGUUUUGUCUCUUUUAUCCGGUAAAACUUUGUUGCUUAUUCA